AAAAAGCAUCCGUCACUUGUCAACUUCAAUCAACGAACGUUUCCUAACCACUACCAGAUCAAUUAAAAAAUUUUGGUAAUUUCGUACGAGUAAUGGCCCAAAACGUAAAUCCCUUUUUGGAACAACAAUCCGGGUCAAACAAACAACCAGAUGACUCCAGAAAAUUCCAAAAUGAUAAUCACGCUGUCACAAAAAGAUUACACAAAGAACUGAUGAACCUUAUGACAUGUCCAGACAAAACUAUAUCAGCUUUUCCUGAUGGAGAAAAUCUGUUCAAAUGGAUUGGUACAAUUAGUGGACCCAAAGACACUGUGUAUGAAAAGUUGAAGUUCAAGCUCAGUCUACAUUUUCCUAAUUCCUACCCAUAUACGGCCCCAACGGUAAAAUUUAUCACACCUUGUUUUCAUCCAAAUGUAGACUUAAGUGGUAAUAUUUGCUUGGACAUCUUGAAAGAUAAAUGGUCGGCAUUAUAUGAUGUGAGGACUAUAUUGCUUUCAAUUCAGGCUUUGUUAGGUGAACCAAAUAAUGAUAGCCCCUUAAAUGUAUUGGCUGCAGAAAAAUGGACCAAUCAGGAUGAUUACAAGAAGCAUGUAUUAGAAAUGUAUAAUAAUGAGAGUGAAAAGUGAUUUAUUGUUGUAGGUAUAUUUAUGUAAAUUCUUUGUUAACAUUUCUCUGAACUUGAUGCUAGAUUUUAUUAAAUACACUACAUAAAUUAGUUUUACAUUAAAUUUUAUCCUCAGACUCGAAUUAGAAUAAUAUGGCUAGUGUAUUUAAUGAGAUUUAUUUAUUAGACUGCAUUAUUUUUAUUAUUACAAUUUAUUUAUAGUUUUGAAUUGUGUGCAACAUUGUAAAAAUAAAUUGAAAACUCAA